AUGCCCAACCGACUCCCUCGUCAUGUGAUGGACCGCAUCCUCCAGCUCCUCGAACCACUCGACAUCCUACGGUGUGCGGCCGUGUGUAGAUACUGGAACAGUAUAAUUCAUAAAUCCGUCUAUAUCCAAUUAAAACUUCGUCAAUCUUUACAUCAAUCUCAACUUUACGAUGGCGAACGGAGCUUUCCUCAGGGUGAACGACUCCGUAGACUCGUUACUAGAGAAACCAAUUUGGAUUUGUUAAGACCUAGAAUUAAGCAAUUCAACUUACCUGUUGAUCAAGUAUUGCAUACAGUAGCUGGGAAAUACGUCAUCACGCAACCUUUAGAACAGAUGGAUAAACCUGAACCAUCAGAAGAUGGAGAUGGUAAAUAUACUUUGUGUACUAUAUGGUUAGACAGUCGUCCAAAAAAGGUAAAAGUCUCUUUCAAACCAUUCACAGAUCUUUUCGAUCUGGAUGUCCACCAAGAUGUGAUCAUAGUACAGGAGGAUGAAGGACACGAACAUGAUAGAAAGACGAAUCUUCGAAUGAGAGUAUUGCAUCUGUUCAACGAAGGUGAAGAUGCGACUCCACGUGAUAUGGAUGGAUUCAGGAUACUGGAAGAAGGUUGGGAAGGUGACGAGCCCCAUAAUAUCAGUUUGACAGUAGAUGGAAGAGUCAUGAUUUGGUGUAGUGGGAUCGUAUGGAUAUAUGAUUGGAAAUCUGGGGAAAGAUUAGGUAGACUCCCACCGUCCUCCCCUACGAUAUGGGAAAGUAAUUUGGGCAUGGCAUGGGCUGGAAAGAAUAUCGCACUGGGUUUAGAUAUGCCUCAUGACCCAAGUGAUGAAGAGAUGGAACAUACCGAGGCAUACCUCGCAGUAUUCGAAGUCGACACCAGCUAUCCAGGAACCAGCUCCCUCCCUCUUUUAUUGGAAUUACCAUUCUGUUCCGACUUGCUCGACGACACAGUUAGGGAUAUACUUGAUUUGCCUGAAGAUGCUACUAUCAUCGCUCGAACCCAAGAUCACCUUCCAUUCCUGCAACGAAACGCUCCUUUUGGUUUGAUCCUUGUCGCUACCGAAUUCGUCAUCAAUGAAGAUGCAGUAUGGAGGUUAAUCAUCGUCUUGCCAACUAGUGAAUUGCAGAAAUUCGAAUUGGAGAAAGAAAGAAAGAUUCCUCCACCUAAUGUCGCAUGGGGUAACGAAUGGGAUCCAUUCGCAGGAUUGGAUUCCAUACCUUAUUCGAAAUGGUCUGGACACGCUUACACGUGGGCUGAACCUGCCCGUUCACCUAAUUAUUUUCAUGGUUUUUACGAAGCUCAAAAUUCCCUUAGAUUGUAUCAUCAUGAUUAUACACUUAUGGAACUUCAUGGUCUCCUCCAUUUGACGAUAUUGGAUUUCAAUCAGAAAAGAUUAAGAACUAUAGCAUGUGAUUUUAGAACCUUGGGUGGGUUGGGCAGGAUUGGUGAGGUUGAGACUCAGGCUCAUGCAAGGGAUCGAAGAAGACCGAUCAGAUACAAACGCGAGAUCAUUCGACCUGUUAAAAACGAUGAGGAUAGUAAUUUAGGGUGUGCAGAGAUAGUAGGCGAAUUUGUGCUGGGUCAAAAAGCACCUGUCAACGUCAUUGUGUUUGACGGCGAGAGGUUGUUCAUGCAACAGCGCUCAGUCGGUAAAUGUUGGAUCCUGGAUUUCGGUGUAAGAGAGAUAGUUGGAAAAGCAGGCGAAGAACCUAGAACUGAAGAAGGUGAAAGUGAAUCUUCGCAGAUUUCCUUGGAUGAGGAAGGACCUUCGAGAGAUGGCGGGACGGACACUCCUGGAGAUACAGAGAAUGAUAUUAUCCAAGGAGGUGGUGGAUGA